UGGAGGCCGUUUCCUGUCCUGUGACUUGUAAUCAGGUGGUUGGUGCUGAGUGGGGAGGGGAGAAUCUGCAGGCAAAGAAAACCAGGAAAAAGUUACACUGAAAUAUUCAGUAUUAUUGCGUGUUGUGUUCACCUUUAUAGAUCACAAUAAAGUGGGUAACAAUUUAGAAGUAUCUCAGUUAAAGAGAAAGGGAGUGUGCUGCUUGUGAAUAUUUUGCUGCUGCUGUGAAGCAGACAAGUUCAGUGGCGCACAGAGGAGUAGGGUUCUGCUGCCUCUUACUACUGAGUCUGUAUGGCUGGGGAAGGGGUGAGUAGCGAGCCAGGAGGGCACCCAGUGGUUCCUGAGCGCAGGGAGUACCUUUUUAAGGUGCUUGUGAUCGGGGAGCUUGGGGUUGGAAAAACCAGUAUCAUUAAGCGUUAUGUACAUCAGCUAUUCUCUCAGCACUAUAGAGCCACGAUAGGUGUGGAUUUUGCUCUCAAAGUAAUUAACUGGGAUGGCAAGACCCUGGUCCGACUGCAGCUGUGGGAUAUUGCAGGGCAGGAACGAUUUGGCAACAUGACAAGAGUCUACUACAAAGAAGCUGUUGGAGCUUUUGUGGUAUUUGAUGUGACCAGAGGUUCAACGUUUGAAGCAAUCACAAAGUGGAAAUCUGACUUGGACUGCAAAGUAUUUCUUCCAGGUGGUGGUCCUAUCCCAGCCAUUCUACUAGCCAAUAAAUGUGACCAAAAGAAGGAAAACAAUAUGCAGAGCUCGUCUCAGAUGGACCAUUUCUGCAAAGAAAAUGGAUUUAUUGGAUGGUUUGAAACAUCUGCAAAGGACAACGUCAACAUAGAUGAAGCUGCAAAGUGCCUUGUUGAAAACAUUCUUGCAAAUUUAAAGAACUUUCCUCAAGAGGAAAACGAUGUUAGCAAUAUAAAGCUCGACCAAGAAGCAUUGCCAGCAGAGAGUAAAUUUCUGUGUUGUUAACUGUGUGGUGAAUCGACCAAUCAGACUGCUGCUACAUGUUGCUCCAACUUCCUGUUAUAAAAAAAAAAAGAAAGAAGGAAAAAAAAAGAGGAAAAGAAAUGAUCAUAUCUAUUACAGAGGUUACAAGGGCUGUAUUUUUAUUAUUCAUAAGUCUGUCAUAUUCCGAACAAUACAUAGUUGGUGCUCUUCAUAAUGGACUUAAUGACUUGUAAAUGUGCUAGUGUAGAAUGUGAACCUGUAUCUUUAAAGCACACGUUUGUGUUACGAGAGAGAGAAAACAUCUUAGCCUACAUAUUAUAGCAUGUUAUUGUACAGGCAAGUCAAUGGUACGAUUUAAUGAUCAAUCUUUCUUUAUGUAUUGUAUAAAACAAACAAAAAAUAAAUUCUACACAGACUCAGUCUGCUUAUUUGUGCACUGGAAUUAUACUGCCAGUAUUUGUUGCAUUAAACUUGAUUCAUUAUAAUAUCAUAUAGAUUCCUAUUUAUUUUAAAGGGGCACACACAAAAAAAUGCUCUGUAUAACCACAGCAGAUCAUUAGCUAAUUGUAACUGCUUUGUUAGUUCAAUAGCUUCUAUUUAAUUAGAAAUAUGCCUUUAAGGGACAGGAAACCCCUAAUUUUCUACCAUGAUUUGGAUAGAACAUACAGUUUUAAACAACUUUCCAAUUUACUUCUAUUAUCAAAUUUGCUUUAUUCUCUUGUUAUCCUUUGCUAAAGGAAAAACAUUGCCUUACUGGCAGCUAGCUGAACACAUCUAGUAAGCCAAUCACAAGAGACAAAUGUGUGAAGGCACCAAUCAGCAGCUAGCUCCCACUGGUGUAUGAUAUGUACAUAUUCUUUUUCAACAAGUGAUACCAAGAGAAUAAAGCACAUUUGAAAAUAGAAGUGAAUUUAAAAGUGUCCUAAAAUGACAUGCUCUAUCUGAAUUGUGCAAGUUUAAUUGUGACUUUCCUAUUCCUUUAGUGUUGUUCCCACAAAAGGAUACAGGCAGAACAACUACCUUGUGCCCAUAUCAGCUGAUGAUUGGCUGAUUUAUGUGUCCUUUAGGAGGUAGCACUUAGAGAAUGCCAAGUGUGCUACUUUUUAGGCAGUUUUCUUUAGUAAUAAGUCAAAUAAAAAAAAAAUAGUUAUAGGAAUAUUGUGGUUUACUUAUGUUGCUUUAAAACUCUCUUAAUAUCAAACUGCUUCCGAAUUUUUAUUUUUUCUCAUAUUCCAAGAUGAGAUUCUUUUACCAUUUAUCUUGUUAUAUCUUUUGUGGAGUACUAGGAAAAAAAAAAUUAUGGGGGGAAUAAAAUAUAAAUUCUCGUAGUAUUUCAGAUGAGUUAAUUAAAUAUAUUGUUUCAAAGUUAACACAUUUAUGUUAAAGGGACAGUGUGGUGCAAAAUAGAUUUUUAGAGCAUAUCAUUUUAGUACUACCGGCCCUGUAACUCUGUCUGUUUAAUCCAUAGUUAUAAAGUCCUGCCCAGGAGUUACAGACAGCUGCUGGCUCUGAGUAGGCGGAGCUGGUGAUUGCUGACUCUUGCGACUGCUGCGGAUUGGCUCAUUGUCCAUAUCUGCUUGUGGCUUUGAGGUCACUGUGGCUCCUGAGUGUGACCUGUGUUAACCCCCUUUGUGAGGGUUAAGCAUUGACUUGCAAAGUCCGUAGUGCUAAAAAUAAAUGCUCUAAUUAAUAUGUACUUUUACACUACAAUGUACCUUUAAAUACAUUGUUUCAUACGCUACCUUUUUUAUGUUGGAUGUUUUUUGUUUUGUUUUGGGGUUUUUGAUCUCAGAGGUGUGGCUACAAAUGCACAAGAAACAAAUUGUAUGAAAUACAAUAAGGGGUAUUUCAAUCAAUUAUUUAAACUGGUCCUUUUUAAUGUUACAGCUGAUGUUAAAUAUACAUUCUUUGGGCAAAAGAUUGUGUUUGUUUAAAAACCUAUAGUUAUGCUGGUAUGUGAAAGUGCAUUUAUUUCUGUUGAUCAAUGUUUAUGAGGUAUUUUAUACUGGUACUGAGAAGCCAUUGUUAUUUGCCAAGAACAAGCUGUAUUUUACAGAAGGAUGUAAUCUAUUAAACACACUAUAUCUAAUCUAUUUUGUUUCUUUCAGGGAUGGUUGAAACAAAUUAAAAUACUUUCAAUACCU